AUGCCUGCCCUCGCCAAGCCCGCUGCCCGCCCGGCCAAGCCCGCCGCCGCGGCGCCGAAGCCGAAGCCCGCCGCCGCCAAGCCCAAGGCGGCCGCCGCUGGAGCCGCCCACCCGACCUACUUCGAGAUGAUCAAGGAGGCGAUCGCGGCGCUCAAGGACAGGACUGGGUCGAGCUCGGUCGCCAUCGCCAAGUACAUCGAGGAGAAGCACGGCAAGGCUCUCCCGGCCAACUUCAAGAAGAUGCUCUCCGUCCAGCUCCGCUCCUCCGCCGCCAAGGGCAAGCUCGUCAAGGUCAAGGCCUCCUACAAGCUCUCCGACGCCGCCAAGAAGGACUCCCCCAAGGCUAAGCCCGCGGCCAAGCCCGCCAAAGACGCCGCCAAGGCCAAGAAGACGGUGGCCGCGAAGCCCAAGAAGACCGCCGCCGCUGGCACCAAGCGCAAGGCGCCCGAGAAGAAGAAGCUGGUCACCAAGGCCAAGAAGUCGCCGGCGGCCAAGGCCAAGGCGAAGCCGAAGACCGUCCGCUCCCCGGCCGCCAAGAAGGCACGCAAGGUCGCCGCCGCCUGA